AUGGAGGCGCCGGGCCGGGCCGCGCGGGGCCGCGCAGAGGAGACCCCGCCCGAGAGGACAGUGUACAUGGACUACAACGCCACCACCCCCCUGGAGCCGGAGGUCAUCCAGGCCGUGGUCGAGGCCAUGCGGGACGCCUGGGGGAAUCCCAGCAGUCCCUACCCUGCAGGUCGGAAGGCCAAGGCCAUCAUCGCUGCGGCGCGGGAGAACCUGGCUGCCAUGAUAGGCGGGGCCCCCCAGGACAUCCUCUUCACAUCUGGGGGCACCGAGUCCAACAACCUGGUCAUCCAGUCCAUGGUGCGCUGGUUCCAGGAAAGCCACGCGUCCGGGGGUGCCUCGGCAGCCACACCCCACUUCAUUACCUGCUCGGUGGAGCACGACUCCGUGCGCCUGCCCCUGGAGCGCCUGGCCAAGGCGGGCACGGCGGCCGUCACCUUCGUGCCGGUGUCCACGGCGAGCGGACGGGCGGAGGCGGACGACGUGCUGGCGGCCGUGCGCCCGGCCACGUGCCUGGUGAGCGUCAUGCUGGCCAACAACGAGACGGGCGUGGUCAUGCCGCUGCCCGCCAUCAGCCGGCGCGUCCGGAGCCUGAACCAGCAGCGCGCGGCCGCCGGGCUGCCCCGCGUCUUCGUGCACACGGACGCCGCCCAGGCCCUGGGGAAGCAGCGUGUGGACGUGGCAGAUCUGGGGGUGGACUUCCUGACCAUCGUGGGCCACAAGUUCUACGGCCCCAGGAUCGGGGCACUUUUCGUGCGAGGACUCGGGGAACUCACCCCGCUGUACCCCAUGCUGUUCGGAGGUGGGCAGGAGCAGAGUUUCCGGCCAGGGACAGAGAACACCCCGAUGAUCGCCGGGCUCGGGAAGGCCGCGGAGCUGGUGACCCGCAACUGCGAGGCGUACGAGGCCCACAUGCGGGACGUCCGCGACUACCUGGAGGAGAGGCUGCAGGUGGAAUUUGCUAAGAGGAUCCGUCUGAACAGCCGGUUUCCAGGGACCGAGCGACUCCCCAACACGUGUAACUUUUCCAUCCUGGGACCCCAGCUUCAAGGCCGCUCGGUGCUGGCCCAGUGCAGGACGCUGCUGGCCAGCGUGGGGGCUGCGUGCCACUCGGACCAGGGGGACCGGCCGUCUCCGGUGCUGCUGAGCUGCGGCGUCCCCGUCGACGUGGCCAGGAACGCCCUCCGGCUCAGCGUGGGCCGCGGUACCACCAGGGCCGAGGUGGACCUCGUCGUGCAGGACCUGAAGCAGGCCGUGGCGCGGCUGGAGGGCAAGCCGCGGGCCGAGGGCGCCUCGUAGGGCCGGCCGCCGCCUCCUUGGUGCCCAGGGCAGUGCCCCCACCGGCCUGGAAAGCGGGCCACUGCCCGGGCAGAGUGGGGGGCCGCCACGGCUGUGGGGCGUGGGUCCCGCUGCAGCCAUGGCCCCUCGGGAACUGGGGCGAGCCUGGAGCACCCCCAUCCGAAGGGAGUGUUUUUAUCCAGACAUAAAAUCCUGGUGUUUACCAUCCGCUGUCGGCCGCCCUCGUGGGACUGGGAGGUCCAGCCUCCGCCUGCGACCGUGGGCUGGGGUCCACCCGGCGAUGCCCCUGGCCCCGCGGUCCUUUGCCCUGCCAGGCCAAGCUCACGACCCCAGAGCUGGGUCCCUCUGCUCUGCGCGUGACCCAGGCGGCUCCCGGGCGCCCUCUGACCCCGUCUCGGCCUCACGGCCGUCCGUGGAUUCCGGCCCUUCCCAAGAGGGG